GCCUUGGCCGAUGUGCACUGCCAGGUGUUUCUGGUUUCAUAUCUGCUUCACGAAUUCAUCUUGUUUAUGGACUGUAUAAACCUUACUUUGUGUGCAAAUAUAAUUUCGAUUAUGGCUGAAGCUCUGUGGCAACAAACACACGUUGCACUUGGAUGAGUUUUAAUUGUUUUGUUUACAAAAACAUUGGUAUACGAAACCGGUUUUAUUUCAUAUGAUCCGGAAAACAUGCUCUGAAAGCAACAUUUCGACAUAUCUGGACAGAACGUUGAGAAGACAAAGUGUGGAUGUUUCUAGAAACCUGAAGUCAUCAUGUUGAAUAACAAAGACGCUCGUCGAGCACAACUAGCUGCCAUGCUGCCACUUCCGGCAUGUUUGCCCGAUGGCCGUCACGUGCUAGUCAGUUACAUGACCGGAUGUCAACUUACAGAAACAUACGACAUGAUUCAGACAUGCGCUGAACAAAGUGAUGGUUUCGGACUCGAUGAGUUCCGAAAUGAAGAUGAGUUCCGGAAUGAGGUAGGAACCUCGGACUGUUUCGCGAUUGUCGGAAAGGAAUCGGGAAAUAUGUUAGCGGCUUUCAUUCUGACUGUAAGUAGAUUUUACAGAGGGUCAUCUGGUGCAGUUGACCCAUACAUACUUGUGCAUCCGUCAGAACGGAGGAAAGGAAUUGGCCUUUUUUGUCUACAGACAAUUGUUGAGUUUUCACAAAGACUUGGCUUUGACGCCAUGUAUAUUGACACGUUCUGCAACAACGAAGCAAUGAAGAAGAUCUUAGACACUGUUGGUGGUUUCACACGAGUGGGUUAUCUCCCCCUUGGUGGACGGCUGAUGAAUGGAAUGGUCGUAGGAUCUUUUAUAUAUUAUCGUUCCUUACUGAACAACUGUGGCAUUGGUAGUGAGUGGCAUCAAAUCACAAACAAUAACAAUGCUGAUUGAGUUUAUACCUCUAUGAAUGCCAUGUCAGGUAUCUGUAAUUCGCUUUGACUUGUGAAAUGAAUUCUUUCAGGUAAAAUUGGAUAUAUAUAUAUAAGUAUUCAACAUCGGAGCAAUCGUGAAAAUUAUAUUCUUAUUCAAUAUCCAACAUCGCUAUUUUUACUUUCCAUUAGAGCAGCAAAAUUACCUACAUCUGUAAUUUGUCACGGGAAACUACUAAAAACAUUGAU